GAUACACCGCCAACUUAUUUUCGAUAUUUCACUUUAUCAAAAUGGCAGUCCCAGAACAAUAUAGUUCCAAACAGUUCGAGCGAAAGAAAAUAAAUUUCAAAGGUAUCAAACAGGUCUUAAACGCGGAAUCUCAAUUAGUAAUUUGCGUUUCCUAUCGUAUAUAAAAAUACCCAGCACUAAAUAAUCUCUGCUUCUCAUGGGAGAUAUAUGGAUUUAAAAUAACAAAACCAUUCGAUCGACUUAGCAUGAUGAAAUAUUAAGUGAUCACACACCAACUUGUAAACGUCAAAUGAAAGGUCAGACUAGCAGACGGAACAAAAAGGAAUGCACGGCACGCCACUCUAGAUGCUACAUUGAAGCCUAUAUUACCAGGGUAUGUUUAGCGCAAGUAUCAACUACUCUUAAACACGAUUAAAUUUUUCUUAGUUUGACUUUCCAACAAACCCAAGCACCACCCCAGAUCACUUCGGCAUAAAAUUAGAGAGGUUAAAUCUAAGCUAAUUCUUUUACCUAUCUCAACCAAACGCUUAUCAAUAAAAGAUCAAUGUUUGUCAGUUUUAAUAAGUUGUAACUAUAUCAGCUCUCCGUAGUACUGGAUUGUUUUUCUCACAUAAAAUAGUAUGAUCAGUACUUAAAAUCUACUUUAUUACGCACCAUAAAGCUGAUAAGCUUAUUGUUGUUGCACUGGACUAUUCUUUCGCUCAAACACUAAUAUCUCUGAUGUCGGAAUCAAGAAUUGUUUCCUGUCGAAAUUAACUGGAUUUAUGGCCAACGAUAGCACUGAAACUAGGUACUUCUGCUGUCUGCAGGUAUUGUAAAAGUCAAAUUUAUUAACCAUCCGAUUGUAUUGUAGCCACGUAUUGCUUUUUAAUUAUCAAGAAAUGCAUUUCAAGCAGGUUAAAUUCUUGUCGUGUAACAUCUCCGCACACGCGAACAUUGUAUAAGUAGUCUAGCUAAUUUAUCUAGAUUCAUGAGUUUGUAACUAGAUUAGAUUGAUAAAUCAACCGAGUCAAGUGCUCACAUGGUGGGUUGUCCUUUGGAAUAUCGUUUCAAAUUAGUUAUUAAAUCCACACAGAACUUUCGCUUAUCUGUUGGUCAUAUGUAACACUCAACAGUUGCAUCAAUUUAUACAUAAAUCCAUCCAGUUCAUUUUCAUCUGAAAACCAUCAUGUAGUGGAACUAAGCUUCUAUUCGUUGCGCAAAAAGCAUCAAAACCAAGUUGGAGAAGUCUAUGUUAUGAAGUAUCUAGUAACAUAGUUAAUCUAUCUAAUCUUGAAUGUAACGUCGCAAAUUCUCGUUUGUAUUGUUGAGUUAGCGUAACAUAAAAUAUGGCAAUUUAUUGACACAUAAACGACGCUAAUUUUAGGAUGUUCCUGUUGAUUAACUAUGAAAUUACGGGCAUGAGAGGAUUUCUCUCUACUGCGCUAUAUGACGAUUCAAUAAAUCAGUGUAAUUAAAUAAAUAAGUACGUUCUAGUAUACCAAAUCCGUGUGCACUCAUGUUUUGAGGGCUAGUUUUUGUACCUGUUUGCUCCUGUGUAAGUAAAAUAACUUUCAGACUAAGCAACUAUUAUGAAAUUACCAGCAAGUGUCCGUCAACCUCUGGUUCUACUGCAAUUAAUCUCUGACCGACAUAGUGAUGUGAAGCAAACACUGGCAAAAUCCAGUUUCCUGUGACAGCUUUAAGAGUACCGUGAUGCUUCGCAUUUGCUAAGUAAGACUAUUGGCUUAUAACACGCGUGCCUACCCGACCAAUGUAAACUCGAUUGAACAUACUAUAUGCAUCGACCCCGAUUUAUUGUUUGUUGCGGUAACUCCCAUUGAAAAUUUUCCUCCCGAUUAUUCAUUUCUGUUGUUACAGAGAACAUAUACUCUAUCGGUUAAUACAAUCUGGAACGAAAGCUUGUUAAAACAUUGCUACGUAAGGCGAUCCACCGGUGGUUUGGGUAUUCAACUACUCAUUAUUAGGUCAUGAAUUCAUAGUGAUUCUGUUUUGGGCGGUAUGUAGAUUACCGUUCAUCCAUACAAUCGCCGAAACUCACUUUCUAAUAAGUAAACUCACAUGCUAUUAAAUCUAUUACUUUCUAGACUAAUAUUCAUUUGUUUUCAACUGCAGGUUAGCUAUUCACCAGAUGCUGUUCUUUACAAUCAUCUAAAUGCACCACCAUGCAUUUGUCCACCUAUGAAAGUUUCUGAUUUAAGUGGGAUACCAACCGCUUAUACAGAUCCAUUGACAAAACUAAAUUAUGCAACUUGUUCCGAGUUUAAAAGAAUACGUUAUUUGCCUCAGCAUAUCGUUAAUGGGUACCUGGCUUUGAGAGGAAUGUCUAAUAUUUGAUAACAACAAUGCACUAUUAAUUUUUAAUUUGGACAGUAUCUAUUUUUUGUCUGUUUAUGAUAUUGUUCAUUCAAUUGCAAUAGACGCUCCAACCUCUUCC